AUGAGUGCACAAACUGAAAUUCAGAUAAUUCAAGGACAACUUCUUCGUUAUAUACCUUUAACAACAAUCAUAAUUGGUACAGUUGGAAAUAUUCUUAAUUGUUUAAUAUUUACACGUCGAAAACUUAGUCGCAAUUCUUGUUCGAUCUAUUUUCUUGCAUCAAGUAUUGCAAAUUUCUUUGCAAUAUAUUUUGGCUAUCCACCACGUUUAUUAGGUACAUUUAAUAUUCAACCUCCAGCAUCUCAAUUGGAUUUAUAUUGUAAAAUAAAAACAUUUUUAACUUAUAUUGGAUUAGCUUCUUCAGCAUGGUUUAUAGUUGGUGCAUGUGCUGAUCGUUAUGCAUCAAGUGCUGCAACUGUUCGUAUAAGAUCAUUUAGUCAAGUGAAAGUAGCUCGUCGUGUUGUUUUAAUCAUAUCAAUUCUUGUUUUUCUUGAUUACUUUCAAAUGAAUUUCUGUUUUUAUGGAGCCAUUCAAGCAGCUAAUUGUUCUACAGUAUCAAGAUUUUGUAGUGUGUGGAACGACUAUAAUUUACUUAUAACUUUUAGUUUAUUACCACCAAUAUUAAUGUUCAUAUUUGGUUGGUUGACAAUUCGAAAUGUUCGUACUACUGGACAUUUACGAAGAGAAACAAAUGUUAAAGAUCGACAACUAACUGCAAUGCUUUUUAUUCAAGUUAUUAGUACUGCUAUACUUACAUUACCAAUAUCAAUUCAAAAACUUUAUUCAGAAAUCACAUUAAAUCAAGUGAAAAGUCAACAAUCGAAAUUAAUCGAAAGUUUCUUUGCUACUUUUGUUGUUUUAUUAGCAUUAAUGAAUACAUCAACAUCAUUUUAUUUAUUUACAUUGACUGGAAAAAUCUUUCGAAAAGAAUUAAAAAAUUUAAUUUGUUCAAGACAAAGACAAGCUACGAUUGAACCAACAAUAGCAACGACGAACGCUAAAAAAUAA